AUGCCUCGCACCAUCCUCUACGUUCGCGGUUUCCACCCCUCUACUCGCGCUCGUGAUCUGGCUUAUGAGUUUGAACGGUUUGGUCCUCUCUCCUCUGCAGUCGCAAAACGAAAAUAUCGUCAUGGCUCGCUUUUUUUCGCCCAUUACCUGCGUUUGGCGGCUUCGUCGUCCCGCGAUCCGGGUUCAGUACUAGCACCUAUAACGCCGCUUAAGCGAGCGAUGCAAAUUCGACAUAUGUCGUGCGCGAGUCGAGGGCGAGUUUGCUUCGGACCUCGUUUCCAUACGAUACGAACUAGUACCUUUUUUUCCGCGCGCGUGUCUUUUCGAGAACUUCACCUACUACGCUUCCCGCUUUACCCCGAAUACGAACUUCGCACUCAACGAAACUCCCUUCGAUCGAUCAUUAGUUAUGCGUUCGUGGAAUUCCGCAGUUCCAGGGAUGCUGCAACGGCUUUUGAUGAUAUGCAUGGAAGAUAUUUUGAAGGCUCCCGCUUGACUGUUGAGUGGGCUAAAAGGCUUCCAUCCUCUAUGUGGCGCAGCGGUGCUCGUUCCCCGCGUCGCAGUGGUGGUCGUUAUGGCCGGUAUCGUUCUCGCAGUCCCCGCAGGGACCGUGAUUACGAUAAGGACGAUCGUCGCGGCCGGAGCAGGAGUCGCAGUCGGGACCGUAGGGACCGCGACGACCGCGAUGACCGCGAUGACCGCGAUGAUCGCGACGAUGACAGAGAAGACCACAAGGAGAGACAUCGCAGCGACAGCCGUGACAGGAAGAGGAGCUACAGUAGGGAGGACAGGUCUGACAGAGCUCGCACCCCGCCACCUCCUGCUGCCGAUGAAGAUAUGAGAAAAGAGAAUGGCGUAGAAAUUGACAACGCCCCUGCUCUCUCUGAAGCUUAA